GCGUUUGCGGGUGGUAGCUGGAAAACCAGUCAUACCCUCAAGCUGCCGGCGAUCUACACGCCUUCGUAUCUUCCCAAAUUCAAAACCCUAAAACCACCACUCAGGUGAUUUCAUGCAUACUUAGGUUUCAAAGCUCAUCUUUGUAAAAACUUUUCCGGUUCAAUUUUCUUCAACCGGAUCUUAUGGAGGAAAAAAGCUUUUCCAAGAUACAACAACGAAUGUACGACGAGUACCGUGCACGCUACUUAAGAGCUAGAGAGGAUACGAUAAGCAAACUGCCCGAUCCUUUGUUAUGUCAGAUCCUGUCCCACCUCCCGACAAAGGAUGCUUUCAGUACUAGUGUUCUGUCCCAUAGGUGGAAAACCGUUUGUCUUUCGGUUCCUAAUUUGGAUUUGGACUCUUCCGAGUUCCCAGACUACGAUACCUUUGUUACCUUCAUAGACAAGCUCCUAGCUUUCUCUAGAAAAGAGAACUCAGUCUUGUACAAGGUCAAGCUAAGCCUUCGGAAAGAAGAUGAGAACGAUCAGUACUGCGUCACACGGUGGAUAGAUUCUGUGGCUAACCCUAAACUCAACCAUCUUGACGUUGAGUGUCUUCUUGUGAACCGUAAGUUUCUAGAGGUGGUCCCACAAAGCCUUUAUAUACAAUGUGACACGCUGGUUUACCUAAGACUCCAUCGUGUCUCCUUCGGUGAGUUAAAGUCUGUGUCCUUGCCUUGUCUCAAGACCAUGCGUUUAGAACACAACGUCUACGCUAGCGACGCGAGUCUUGAGUUACUCAUCUCGUCUUGCCUUGUUCUUGAAGAUUUGAGCGUUGUUAGAAUGGUACCGGAUAACGUGAAGGUUCUGCGUGUGAGAUCUCAGACGUUAACAAGCUUGCAUGUCGACUAUUUGUAUGGUGAAGGUGAUGGCUUCGUUGAUGUGUUUGAGAGAGAAGGCUCGGGGGUUUUCAUUGAUGCACCUAGACUCAAGUACUUGAAGUUCGAAGAUGAUCUGUCAGACGUUAAAGUCAUUACCAAUUCAGUGUCCUUGGAGAAAGUCAAUGUUGCUUUUGUCUUUGGUGAGAAUGAUUUUUCCCACGUUAUCGACUUGCCAAAGCGCAAUAUGGUCAGUAAUUUUUUUAACAGCAUUUCAGGAGUUAAGGAAAUGAAGAUCUCUUUGUAUACUAUGGAGGUAUGCAAUUUCAUAUUACAUUUUCUUGACUAUAACUGGGUAUGGGAGUCAUACGACCCACUGCCUCAGUUUUGCAACGUUUCCACUUUAAAAGUGACGUUUUCUGUAUUAAAUCUAGAUAUGAUGAUGCCAACCCUUCUUGAGAGCUUUCCGAAUCUUAAAUCACUCGUCUUAAAGCUGGAUGAUCCUUCGAGCGAGAAAGCAGCAAAUGUAAGACUCUCAUCUGUACCUCCGUGUUUGCUGUCAUCACUAGAGUUUGUGAAGAUAAAGCGUUUCAACGGAGGGCCCGUUGACAUGGAAGUAGCUAGGUACUUUUUAGAGAACACACAAGUUCUCAAGAAACUUGUUCUGGAUUUUAAAUGUUCAGCAUUUGAACAAGGGUUUUACAUGUUGAGGGAUCUCAUUGCGUUGCCCAGGAGAUCUAGCUCGUGUCAAAUUCUACUUUGUUGAUGGCUAGAAAGGUGUAUAUAUGAUCAUUGAUCAGACGGAUAGUGGCAUUUCAUGUUGGUUUGUUAGACUAAAUUUGGAUUUUGAUUUGUCUUUUUUUGGUUGGAUUCUAUUGUGAUGUCUUUGUGUGUGGAUGAUGAUUGAGAAUUCUAUAACUAUAAGGCUAAUUUUGGUUUUCUCUUAAGCCAUUUCUGCAUGCUCUUGAGCUUAAGGGACAUAAACUAUGAAUGGUACAAAUUUGAAGGUAAUAUGCAUAUGUGAUAUGUCAGUCAUGUCAAUGUAGUAAAUGAACAAUUGCAUGUCUCUUUGGAUGAAAAGAUAUUUAUCUAAAAAUGAACAUUAAAGAAUAAACCCUGAAGGUAAAUGAACAAUUUCAUAUCAAUGUAGUAAUGAACAAUUCAAAAGUGAACCUUAACCAUAUAUCUAAAAGAUAAAUCCUAAAGUAUAAAAACCUUAAACUCUAAAUCUAAACCCAAAUUCAUAUGAUAAACACUAAAUCCAAUGAUAAAACACUAAACCCUAAACUAUAAACCCAAACAUUAAAUCUUCUCGAAAAUAUAUAUUUUAACCUCAAACCCAAAAGAUAAACAAUAAACCAUAAACCCAAAGCAUAAACAUUCAAACCUAAACACAAAGAUAAAUCCUACUACACAGAGGGUUAACACUGUAUCCAAGGAAAAACUUUAAACACCAAAUUGUAAAAUCUAAUAUCCUAGAGUAAUGUAAAUCUUAAAUAAUAAAUUACGAUAAUCUUAGAUACAAGAAAUAAUAUCCACCUUCAUGAUUUAGAGAAUUUUUGAAUGAAAAUGACAAAAAAAAACUUUCAAAAAUGUUGGUGGUGAAUAAUGGAGUGAUGUUGAAUGAUUGUGGAGUAAAUUUUUUAUUUUGUGUAGAUUCAGCGUGUAAAUGAAGAAGAAUGAUAUGAAAAUAUUAGAAAAUAAGAUGAAUAUAU